GCAGGACUCCCGUGUCUUUGCGGCGUUUAUAUUGUCGUUUGCAAAUCGUCACUGGACGAUAUGAUGAAAUGUCGGUGUGGGCGUCGUAGCCCAUGCCAUCCAAAACAAUGCUCCUGGAUCGGUGCAGAACAGGAUGGCACUUUUGAUCCUAUUUAGUUCGGACUCACACUCACCGACUGCACAAGGUUGUAUAGUUCCGGCCUGCCGUCCCCGAGACCUCAUUCUCUGAUCGCCAGAAAGAUCAAGGAGUACCUAUACCGCCCGUACAAGCCAACUCGCAAGGCUGCCAAGAUCAAGGAGAGUUUCCAGAAACAACUUGCAGGGACAGGCAGAAACAUAGGAUAUGCCUUUUCAGCAAUCAGUCCCAUCGGCAUUAUCAACAUCUCAUCGAAUAAAUCUUUCGCAUGGAAAGGACAUCUGAAAAGCCAGUUAGUUGAAGAAAGAUGAAGUGGUUCCGUGUACAACUUAAUCGUUUCCUUUUUCUCGGAGGAGCUUGACCCUCCGUCUUCAACUUCCCCAACUUUCGGACUUUUCACCCCUCGGGACCGGUCCGACGCUGCCGAUAACCCCCCCAUCUCAGCAGCAUACCAGUACCAACGACCAAGUCCUGGAGACCUUGGAGUAUACCUACUGUAGGUGUCUAGCAAUGACAACAUCUUACCGGUGUUGAACUUCACUUUCUAAGAAACUCUCACUCUAAGUAAUAUCUUCCUGCGCCAUAUUCAUCAGUCUACAUCGUCGAGAAAGAGAGGAGAGUCAGCAUCGACAAAAUGCCAAUCUACCACAUCGUUCUAUUCAAGCUCAAACCAGGCGUAACACCCGCCCAGCUCGCCGAAUGGACGACCCAGGCCAAAGCCAUGGUCGGUAAGAUCCCAGGCCUGAUCAAGCUCGAGGCCAACUCGCCGCUGGCGUCGACGGCGCACCGUAGCCAGGGCUACAAUAUGGGCCUUGUGGCGAUUCUCGAGAAGGCCGAGGAUGUCAAGGUUUAUGCUGAACAUCCUGCUCAUUUGGCUGUCCACAAGUACCGAGAAGAGUUGUGCACCGACACAUUGGCGUACGAUUUGGAGUACCCGGAAUAAGCUUGCUCGGGUACUAGGAUUCCUGAUUAUAACAAGGACUCUACUCUCACGAUGUGGUGGUGGUUGAAUUUGUGGGUGUAUAGUAUGUAUUGGCAAAAUCAAGCUGUUCUAGCCAGAUGUCAAGGACCGUUAGUCAAUAGCCAUCCCAACGAUUUGAAAGAUUCUGCAGUUAUAUCGAGUUGUUGCGCAAGUCUUUCUUGUUACGCUUGAAUCCCACCAAUUGUAACAUUUCGGUCCAGAAGCCAAUGGGCUCGGAGAUGAAAGUGGC